AUGACGAAACAGAGAAACAGUAUAUCCCUGUGCCCACAAAAUACAGAUGCACAAAAUCUAACACUUGUCUCAGAAUUUCAUCUUAUGAGAUUCUCAGAAGAUCCAGAACUGCAGUGCAUCCUUUUUGGUUUGUUCCUGUUCAUAUACCUGGUCACAGUACUUGGGAACCUGCUCAUCAUCGUGGCUGUCAGCUCUGACUCACACAUCCACACCGCCAUGUACUAUUUCCUGUUUAACCUGUCUUUGACUGACAUCUUUAUAUCCACCACAGUCCCAAAGAUGAUUGUGGACAUCCAAACUAACAGAAGAUCCAUUUCCUAUGUGGUUUGCGUGACACAGAUGUCUUUUUUUCUGAUUUUUGUAGUCAUGGAUGACAUGCUUCUCUCUGUGAUGGCCUAUGACCGGUUUGUGGCUAUCUGUCACCCCCUGCAUUAUCCAGUCAUUAUGAAUUGUCGCUUCUGUCUUGUCUUAGUUUUGGUGUCAUUUUUGUUUAGUCUUUUGGACUCCCAGUUGCACAAUUUCAUUGUCUUACAAUUUACCUGUUUUAAGGAUGUGGAAAUUUCUAAUUUAUUCUGUGACCCUUCUCAACUACUCAAUCUUUCCUGUUCUGAAACCCUUACAAAUAGCAUAGUGAUGUGUUUUGUAGGGGCAAUAUUUGGAUUUUUCCCCAUCUCAGGGAUCCUUUUCUCUUAUUACAAAAUUGUUUUUUCCAUUCUGACAAUAUCUUCAUCAAGAGGGAGGUAUAAAGCACUCUCAACCUGGUAUCACCUAACAGUGGUGUGCUUAUUUUAUGGAAUAGCCAUUGGUGUGUACUUUGAUACAACUAUAUCACGUUGUCCAAAGCAAAUUGUGCUGGCAUCAUUAAUGUACACUGUAGUCACUCCUAUGUUCAACCCCUUCAUCUAUAGCCUGAGGAACAGAGACAUUAUCAGAACUAUGAAGAGAUUCCACUGUAGGUUAAUGUAA